AUGGAACAAAUUAUCGUUCCCGGAUCUGAACAAGGGGCAUUGCCGGAACCAACACCAACGUUGCAACAUUUUGAAGCACCAGAAACUCCGCAGCAGAAAGCAUUGUUAAAUUUGGUGUUCAGGUCGAUGAAACGAACACAUGAUCUUUUUUAUCAUGACUAUGGAACUUUACCUGAACUAAAUUCAGAAGCUGAUGACUUAUGGCGAGCCGUAAAGUUAAAAUCUGAAUAUGGAAGUGUUAUGAAAGAAGUGAGCGAAGCAAAGAGGAAGAAAGAGGAAGAACUACUGAAAUUACCGAUAAAUCCAGCAAAUGUCAUAGGUAGUUCUGGUGAGAGCUCCUCAAGAACACUUGCUAUUGCUGCUGGUACAACAGAAGCCAUAAACGAAAAAGACAAUACCGAUUUGACAGCGUCCAAUCGCUCAGAAGAUAGUACUAUGCGUGCUAUGUUGCCUGCUCGAGCUCCUAUUAUGAUUAAACCUAAGUGGCACGCACCAUGGAAAUUAUACAGAGUAAUUUCGGGGCAUACAGGUUGGGUAAGGUGUGUGGAUGUCGAACCUGGUAAUGAAUGGUUUGCAACAGGUGGUGCUGAUCGAAUAGUAAAGAUUUGGGAUCUCGCAAGCGGAAAAUUGCGGCUAUCAUUAACAGGACAUGUAAGCGCCGUCAGGUGCUGUAAAGUUUCACAUAGACAUCCUUUCCUUUUCACAGGUGGUGAAGAUAAGCAGGUAAAAUGUUGGGAUCUCGAGUAUAACAAAGUCAUUCGUCAUUAUCAUGGACAUUUAAGUGCUGUUCAGGAUCUUACAAUUCAUCCGACAAUUGAUAUUUUAAUCACGUGCGCUCGGGAUGCUACUGCACGAGUUUGGGAUAUGCGAACCAAAGCCCAGGUUCACUGUUUGAGUGGACACACAAACACGGUUGCAGCAGUUAUUUCACAGGAAGUUGAUCCUCAAGUUAUCACAGGUAGUCAUGAUUCCACAAUACGACUUUGGGAUCUUGCUGCUGGACGAAGUAUUUGCACUCUAACGCAUCACAAGAAGAGUAUUCGAGCUUUAACACUGCAUCCUUCGCUCUUCAUGUUUGCAUCUGGGAGUGCUGAUAAUAUCAAAGAAUGGAAGUGUCCAGAAGGAAUAUUUAUCCAAAAUUUGUCAGGCCAUAAUGCAAUCAUUAAUUCACUUGCGUGUAAUGAGGAUGGUGUACUUGUUUCUGGAGGUGAUAAUGGUUCCUUGAAUUUUUGGGAUUGGAAGAGUGGUUUUUGUUUCCAGCGUGAACAAACGAAAGCUCAACCAGGUUCAAUCGAUUCAGAAGCUGGAAUAUUUGCUCUCACAUACGACCAGUCAGGUUCCCGAUUAAUUACUGCAGAAGCUGAUAAAACAAUCAAAAUGUACAAAGAAGAUGAGAAUGCGGGUGAUCGAUUAUGGACUUUUGCGCUAGUAUUAAUAUUAGAAUAUAUUGGUGGUAUUCGAUUGGUAUGUUUUAGUCAGUUACUCGAAGAAAUGAUUAUUAUGGCAUUUGGUUCGAUAAUUGGAAAUUGGAUGGAUCAUCACACUAGAAAACGUGGUAUAAUGACAGUAUUGGUUAUAAAUAAUGCUAAUGUAGCAAUAUCAGCAGCACUGCUUGCCGUAUGUAUUACAAUUAGCGACAUGAAUGAUAAUCGUGAUUCGCAUUCUUUAUUAUGGCAUAUUCUUUAUGUCAUUUGUAUUAUUUUUUCAAUGAUUACCUGUUCGCUUGGUUGUUUAGCAAGUGAAAUGGAAAAGAUGGCAUUUACUAAAGAUUGGAUUAUUGUAAUAACUAAAAAAGAUGAAUCAUCAUUAUCUGCUGCAAAUGCAUGGAUGAAAGCGAUCGAUUUGUCAUCAUCGGUAAUUUCACCCUUUACAGCUGGUUAUAUUAUCAAUUCGAUCAGUUAUCGCUUUGCAUGUAUGAUAUUUGUAAUAUGGAAUUUGAUAUCAGUAUUUAUGGAGGCAUAUAUUAUUAUCAAAGUAUACAAUACUGUACCAGAGCUUGCUACACGCGAAUUAUCAUUCUCACCUGAUGAACAAACAAAAGUUGAAUGUUGUGAGAAAUGUCCUUAUUUCAUACGACGUACAAUUGGCAAAUGGCUUACAUUAUUUUACAUUUACUAUCAGCAAAAUGUUUUUCCAGCAGCAUUUGGUCUAACUUUAUUGUACAUGACUGUACUUGGCUUUGAUGGAAUAGCUAUCGGUUAUGCGAAAUCACAAGGUUUAUCAGCGUUAUGGUUAGGCAUAUUGAGAAGUUUUGGUGCUGCUUUUGGUAUUAUUGGUGCAUAUUUGUAUUCUCUUAUCGAAACACAUUCUUCGGCAAGGAAAUCCGGAUUCAUUGGCUUGACUGCACAACAUCUGGCUCUAUAUAUUUGUAUUGUAUCUAUUUGGCUACCUGGUUCACCAUUUGAUCCAAUAACAUAUUUUAGAGAAAUUACUUUUGCUACUUGGUGGCAACAAUUACAAGAUAGUUUCACAUUUGUCGCUAAUAAGAAUCAAAGUGAAACGGGAUCAACUGAUAUUGAUUGGUCAACAUGGACAUCAAAUGGACAUUCUAUCAUUAGUACUUUCACACUGCUAAUGGGUAUAGCGGUAGCAAGAUUAGGCUUAUAUAUGGCAGAUUUAUCAAUUUCACAAAUUAUGCAAGAAACAGUACCAGAAAGAGAACGAAAUACCGUUUUCGGUGUACAAGAUUCGAUAGCACAAUUCUUUAGUGUAUUCAAAGUUGCUGAUAAUAAAAAAGAAAAAACCAAACUAAGUAACACUGACACACAAGACAAUCAUAUUAAAAAAUCUGGAUCUACAUCGAUGAAUGAGAUUACCAAAGAAAAUGUUUCUCGUUUCUUGGAUAUGACACCAGCAUCCGGCAGAGAUAGGAAAAAUUCCCCGACUAGUUUACGACCAACAAAUUGA